ACCUAGCCUGCUGGUUGAAAGAAUAGAAACUAAACCCUACCCUCAUUGCAGGCCCUCCCUUUAGGGACCCAGCAAGCAGGGUUCAGAUCUAGGAAGUGCAGAGCAGAGGGCAUGAUCUGGAAGGAAAUCCAGACAGAUCAGCAUUUUCUUCCUAGCUGUUCUGCUCUCCUACAAACCAGAAACCCAGUAUACUUGCAUCCCAUCCGGUCCUGAACAUUCCAGCUUAGACGAUUCCCUGGGACCUUGCUCCCAAGAAGAGGGCCACUCACAUCAUCGCCCAGGAGCAGUGCCAUCAACUGCUGCCAGUCAUGGGUCAGACCUCCUCUUCUACACCCCCCCAGGGCAAGGAUCCUGAUUCGACCUCCAGCCUUGGUUCAAAUCUUCACAAUUUCAAGAUGGAAACCAAAAUCCUGUCUCAGGAAUUAACCGCCUUGAUUGAAUCAUACCUAGAGGACGGAAACCUUCAGGGAGCAGUAUCUGCAAUCAGCAAUGCUCUGACUGACAUUGAGAAAGCCCCACUGAACAUUGCAGUGGUGGGGGAGAUUGGGGCUGGAAAAUCCAGUCUCAUCAAUGCUCUACGGGGGGUGGGGCCUGAUGAAGAGGGUGCAGCUGCUUCCACUGGAGUGAUAUGUACAACCACUGAGAGAAUACCAUACCCAUACUCAAAACUCCCUAGUGUGACUCUAUGGGACCUGCCUGGCAUUGGGUCCACUGCCUUCCAACCACAUGAUUAUCUGAAGAAAAUCAAGUUUGAGGAGUAUGACUUCUUCAUUAUUGUCUCUUCUGGACGCUUUAAACAUAAUGACGCAGAACUAGCCAAAGCCAUUGUGCAAGUGAAUAGGAGUUUCUAUUUUGUUCGGACCAACACAGAACAAGAUCUAAUGGUUCAAAAGCAGUGUAGUCCUUGGAGAUUCAAUAGAGAGAACAUCUUAAAGCAGAUUCGAAAUACCAUUUCAGGUAUGCUUAAGGAAGUUACCCAGCAGGAGCCUCCAGUCUUCUUGGUCUCUAACUUUGAUGUGUCUGACUUUGACUUCCCAAAGCUGGAGACCACCCUUCUGAGGGAGCUCCCAGCCUACAAACGCCACAUCUUCAUGCUCACUUUGCCAAGUGUUACUCAUUCCACCAUAGACCACAAGAGGGAUACCCUGAAAGACAAAGUCUGGAAGGAAUCUGUAAUGCCAAAAGCAUGGGCCACCAUACCAUUUAGGGGUUUGACCAAAAAUGCCAUAGAGGAGUUGCUAAAGACUUUGAACCUCUGCAGAUCUUCCUUUGGCCUGGAUGAGACGUCCCUGGAAAACAUCGCUGAGGAUUUGUGCCUGCCACUGGAGGAACUCAAGGCGAACAUUAAGUCUCCACAUUUGUUUUCAGAAGAGCAGGGUAAAUCCUUAACAGAUAAACUAUUAGAGUACAUUAGCCACCCUUACUUUUCAAAGGCUUUCCACUUGCAAAAUUACUUCAUUGACACUGUGGCAAAUGAUGUUAAAAUUCUCCUUAGUAAAGAAGAACUUUUUACAGACAAGCAUCUUCUAUGGCAAACAGCUACAUGUAAGCCUUCCAGACCUUCUCCUUCAACGGCCCAGCUUUGGGCGUCCAGCUUUGAAAAUUUUUUUAAGAACUUCAAGAAGGAGAGCAAAAUCCUCUCUGAGGAAACCAUCACCUUGAUUGAAUCCCACCUGGAGAAUAAGAACCUUCCGGGAGCAAUUUCUGCAAUCAGGAGUGCUCUAAGAAACAUCGACAGAGCCCCACUAAACAUCGCGGUGACGGGAGAAACAGGGGCGGGCAAAUCCAGCUUUAUCAAUGCCCUGAAAGGAGUGCAGAAUGAAGAAGAAGGCGCAGCCCCCACUGGGGUGACAGAGACGACCAUGAAGAGAACCCCAUACACACACCCAAAGCUUCCCACUGUCACAAUAUGGGACCUGCCUGGCAUUGGGUCCACUUCCUUCCCACUUCAAAACUACCUAACGGAAAUGAAGUUUGCCGAGUAUGACUUUUUCAUUAUCAUAUCAGCUACACGCUUCAAAGAAAAUGACGCACAUCUGGCCAAAGCCAUCGCCAAGAUGAAUUCAAAGUUCUACUUUGUCCGAACCAAGAUAGAUCAUGACUUAUAUAAUGAACAGAGAAGUAAAUCUAAGACUUUCAAUAGGGACAGCGUCCUAAAGAAAAUCCGAGAUGACUGCUCAAAGCAUCUUCAGGAGGCUCUUUCCAGUGAGCCUCCAGUCUUCUUGGUCUCUAACUUUGAUGUGUCUGACUUUGACUUCCCGCAGCUGGUGACAACCCUACUGAGUGAGCUCCCAGCCCACAAGCGCCACAUCUUCAUGCUAUCCUUGCACAGUGUUACUGAGUCUGCCAUUGACCAGAAGAGAGAUUUCCUGAAACAAAAGAUCUGGCUAGAGGCCUUGAAGGCUGGAGCAUGGGCCACCAUUCCACUUGGGGGCUUGAUCAGAGAUAAAAUACAGAACGUAGAGGAGACCUUGGAUCUCUACAGAUCUUACUUUGGGCUGGGUGAUGCCUCACUGGAAAAUAUUGCCAAGGAUUUUAACAUGUCUCUAAAUGAAAUCAAGGCACACCUUAAGUCUUUCCAUUUGCUAACAAGGGCCAAAGACAUGUCCAUAGAAGAAAAACUAUUGAAAUAUAUUGAGUAUAUUUCCUCUGUUACUGGGGGGCCACUUGCCACAGGCCUUUACUUUAAGAAGACUUUCUAUUUGAAAAGUCUCUUCAUUGAUACUGUGUCAAGUGAUGCCAAGACUCUUCUCAAUAAGGAGGAGUUUUUAUUAAAGAAGAUAGGGUCAUGCAUGUCUGAUGCCCCAGAAUACUGGGAAGCUGUGAAGGAGCCAUGAGGCACAUACCUUCCGGCCAGCUGGUUUUGGACACUAAUUUAUGACCCACUUUGAAGGAGCAAACAUUUUCUCUGAAAGACCAGAGGAUUCGCCAUCCAUUUCCUCUUUCAGGGACAGAAUAUCACUGUGGCAAGUGGAAAGAAGAGUCAUCAACAGUGUAAAAAACACAUGUGAAAGCUGUCUCCCAUUAAAAUGUCAUGUAUGAGAAC